CGUGGCACGAAUCUUCUGUGCACGCCGCUUUGUCCCUGGCGAUGAUCUUUCCUUACGUCGUGUAGUGCAGAUCUGCCGGCAGCAAGCGGGCUGUCUUAUCCCAGAAGAGGACGAAGAUGUAUUUGCACAUGACCUACUUGAAGCAACAUUGGCAGACUUCCUUAUCAAUGGUGUUGGAGAUAGCGUCAAUCCGCUUGAGGAACUACUACAAUCGCUUGUUGUUGUAGGCAAAAAAGACGAAGACCGCACUAGUGGUAGUGAGUCCUCUCAGCAGCAUUCAGUCUGGUUUAGUUCUACCGGGGAUGCUUUGCUCGACAUUGCGAAGGAGACGGAAAAAACGGUCUUCUUCGGACGCAGAAAUCACAAAUCUUCAUCGGGAGGAAGAUCUGCGUCGAAGAAAGGUAGUACUAGUGCUAUUCGAGGAGGAGCGGCAACGCGAGGACAAGAAGAAGAGUUGUACAACGACGAGGAUGGACCUUCUUUCGCUGCACUUCAGG